AUGAAUCAUCCUGAACUGUCACAGGGUUGUGACUCCCAAAUGAGCAUGUCAGAAGCAUCCUGCAGUGAAAGUAUCUCCUCUUGUCAAUCUUUGGCACAUGGCUCAGCUCCAGAAAUCCUCAUCGGACUGCUUUAUAAUGCCACAACUGGAAGACUAGCAGCAGAAGUGAUAAAAGGCAGCCACUUCAAAAACUUGGCAGCAAACAGACCACCCAACGGACUGUUCUGUUGUCUAAAACACUUGAUAGGUGGACAGGUUUAUAUAAUACGAGAUACAUUUGUUAAGCUGACAUUGCUGAAUUCCAUGGGUCAAGAGAUGUCCAAAUGCAAGACAUCCAUCCGAAGAGGGCAGCCAAAUCCGGUCUACAAGGAGACCUUUAUUUUUCAAGUGGCACUAUUUCAGCUGUCCGAUGUUACACUUAUAUUAUCUGUGUAUAACAAACGCAGCAUGAAGCGAAAGGAAAUGAUAGGCUGGAUUUCUUUAGGUUUGAACAGUUCUGGUGAAGAGGAACUGAACCACUGGACUGAGAUGAAAGAAUCAAAAGGACAGCAAAUAUGUAGGUGGCAUUCAUUGUUAGAAUCUUAAUGUAAAACUGGGGCCCCACAGAAUGUCAAAUUGUUGUUUUGGUGCAGCUAAGAGACUCCUACAGAAAUUACAAGUUCAACAUUCCUCUUCAAAAAAAUGCACAAAAUGCUGUGAAGAAAUACGAACUUCCACAUUUUAAUUUAACAUUACUGAUUUUUUUUUAAAAGCACCAGAUAAAGAAGACAGCAACCACAAGUCUUUAUCAUGAAACUUUUAGGAUUCUUCUCACCUAUCCUUAUUUUGAUUAACUUAUGUAACUUUUGUGUAAAUUCUUUAUUCCUAUGAAAUUCUCUGAUUGUAUUGUUCUUUUUCUUUUAGUGGUGCUAUGCUGUGUGUUGUAGGUGAUCUAUCAAGAAGCAGAUUUGGAGGGGGAAAGAAGAAUGGUUAAAUGGCGGAAGGAAGCCCAACAAUAGGAAAGAAAAAUUGUAACGUAGGUUUGUAGUAGUAGAGGUAUUAUUUUUUCCAUUCUUAGUGACUUAACAUUUCUGACAGUGUAAUUCUGAAGACCAUUAGAGUUGCUAUGCAAGAGAAGCUAGAUGCUGACUACUUAUCAGAUUCUCUGUGGUCUCUGCUUUAAGCAGGAUUUUUUUUUCCCCAGGGAGCUGAAGCUGUUUUGAAAGAGAAUCACCAUUUAUGGUGUAGAGACACAUAACUUUCACUCUUGAUAAAUAGGCUUUUGUAUUAUUUCAAAAGCUUGUGAAACUUGUUUGACCAGAGGUAUAAGUCUCACCUCUUAAAAAUUACUGGGAGGGUGUCUUCAGUUUAACAUAUCUAUGAUGCAGGAUUAUUCAUUGUGUGCCUUCUUUGGAUCUUAAUGAAAUAGGACCCAGUGUAAGCACUGAGCACUUUUCAAUUUUCUGAUUCCUCAUUUGCCAGCUUGAAAGCACAGGAUCCAAAGAUUUGCACAAGGGAGCUUUGGAUAUGUGAUUUUGAAAUAGCAGAGUUCUAUUGUUUGAAACUGUGCUUCCACAUAGAUGUUUCUAAUGGUACUAAUCAAAAGAUAUUGUGUGACUGUUCCAUCUUUCCUUAAUAAAAUUUCUAUGCUCAGAAGAAAAAGGGAAGAAGCUGAGGAAAAAACAUGGAGGUUUACAAGUAGAAGACAACAAUAUCUCACUUCCCCAUAAAAUUCCAUGAAUGAGGUAGGGCAAAGCAGUGUGAUGUGGUGGUGGUGGGGUCUAUUCUUCAAAGGAAAAAAGUAAAACAAUUCACUGGACAGCCACAAGUCCCUGGACAUAACUAAAGUAGCCCCCUUUACCCAGUAUAAGAGGUUUAGAGAACCUGAUGAAAUCUUGCAGGCGGUUUCUGUCACAGAUGGCUCAGUGAUACUAAAGGUGCUUUUGUUUAGGUAAGAGAAGGAAGGAUUUGGUUCAUAACUGCUUUUUAAUUAAGGCAGUUGGUCUUUAUAUGAAUUAUGGUUAUUGGAAGUUCAAAAUCUAAGUAAUACAUAAAUAUUUUUUUAAAUGGAAAGUUUUAGAAAUUCAAUGAUGAUAAAAUUUGGGAAUUACAAUGCCUGGGAAUAACAAGGUUUGGGUAAUUUUAGAUAAUGAGGGAAUAAACUGCUAGCACUUGAGAUGUAUUUAGUCCCAGCAGUUAAUUCACUUUCUUUCUCCCUCACACAUGCACACAUGCUUGAAAAGGGUAGUUUCAUGAAUUACAAGAGUUGAAGUAUCCAGGAAAGUAUUAUGAGCUUCCUUACUCAAGAAUUCUUGCAGUAAAUGGUUUCACUUCUUUCUUUUCAACAAUUGCAAGAUUUCAGUUACACUGAAGGUCAAGACACUGCUUGCCAUGAAUAUAGUGGUGAGAUCAUGACAAAAGGGAGUAUAACUUAAAUAAACACCUAGAAUGCCUAUGGAAUCUAUUUUGGUUAUAAACAUAGUUAGAACUGAUGAAUUUUUAUUCAAGUGCCAGCUUUGGCUGAAGUGAAGCUGAAAAAAAAAGGAUCAAUGCAUUUCCUUUUGUACUUAGAAUAGACUGAUUGAGCAAGUACAUGUUUAUUACUCUUACCCACAAUAAUAUUGAAUGCUGCUACGUUUGAGAUCAAAGACUUUCCAGUAUUGCAUGACUGGAUACAAGUCCAUCAAACGAAGGAUGUGUAAUGUUCCCGGUUUCAACAAUUUUAACAACCUCCUUAAAAUUUCUCAGCUGUAGUCUUUAAAUUGUUAUUCAGUGCCUUUCAUGUUUCACUACUUAAAUUUGUAACUAUAAUGUGAUGCUGAAUUGAUUGAUUUUAAAGAUUUACCAAAUUAUUUUUCCUGUGUUGCAUGAAAUGUAUAGCAUAAGAAAUGUAAUUUUGUUAACAAAUACU